AUGAAACCAGGAAACCUCUCCAAUACUGCAGAAUUCCUCCUUCUGGGACUGUCAGAGGAUCCAGAACUGCAACCCCUUCUAUUUUCCCUCUUCCUCUCUGUAUACCUAGUCACUGUGGUAGGUAACCUGCUCAUCAUCUUGGCCAUUAUCUAUGACUCCCACCUCCACACCCCCAUGUACUUCUUCCUCUCUAACCUGUCUUUCAUUGAUAUCUGUUUCACCACCACCACCCUCCCAAAGAUGCUGGUGAAUAUCCAGACACAGAGCAAUGCCAUCAGUUACCCAGGAUGUCUCACCCAAAUCUGCUUUGUCCUGACUUUUGUUGGCUUAGAAAAUGGAAUUCUGGUAACGAUGGCCUAUGACCGCUUUGUGGCCAUCUGUCACCCACUGAGAUACAAUGUCAUCAUGAACCCCAAGCUCUGCGGGCUGCUGGUUCUGAUGUCCUUCCUUAUUAGUGUUCUGGAUGCUCUGCUCCACACUUUGAUGGCUCUGCGACUGUCCUGCACAGACCUGACGAUACCCCACUUUUUCUGUGAACUAGCUCAUAUUCUCAAGCUCUCCUGUUCUGAUAUCCACAUCAAUAAUAUCCUUGUGUAUUUAGUGACCAGCCUGUUGGGUGUCAUUCCUCUCUCUGGGAUCAUUUUCUCUUAUACUCGUAUUGUCUCCUCUGUCCUGAAAAUGCCAUCAGCUGGUAGAAAGUAUAAGGCAUUUUCCAUCUGUGGGUCACACUUAGUAGUUGUUUCCUUGUUCUACGGUACAGGUUUUGGGGUGUACCUUAGUUCUGCAGCCACUCCCUCCUCCAGGAAGAAUGCAAUAGUAUCAGUGAUGUACACAGUGGUCACCCCUAUGAUGAACCCUUUUAUCUAUAGUCUGAGGAACAAGGACAUGAUGGGGGCUUUGAGGAAACUCAUCUCUAGAAUAUCAUCCUUCUACUGA